GAUGGGCACUGGUGGGUGGCACUGGUGGGCACGGGUGGGUGGCACUGGUGGACACAGGUGGGUGGCACUGCUGGGCACAGGUAGGUGGUACUGCUGGGUGGCACUGCUGGGCAUAGGUGGGUGCACUGCUGGACACAGGUGGGCGGAACUGGUGGGUGGCACUGCUGGGCACCGAUUAUUAGGGCACUGAUCAUCAGUGCCCUGAUGAUCGGUCGCUGUGUUUGGCCUUUUACCAUAUCACGUGAUCAGCUGUGUCCGUAGGACACAGCGAUCAUGGAGAUCGAGGGGUGCGCGUCAUAUGACGCCCUCCGAGAACUAGCCGACCACAGUGUAGCCGUCAUUCGGCUAUCUGC